UCAAAAUCAAAUUUGUUAACGCCAUUGCCCCCAUCCCUAAUGUUAUAUAUUUGCAUUAGGGUUUCAUUACGACCUUCUCUACCUAAGAAGCAGCGCAGAGGGAGGAGGCCGCCGGUAGUGAGGAGAAUAUCAACCAAGUAGCCGCCGUAUCGACGUUGAACAACGAUGGUUCACGUCUCUUUCUACCGCAACUAUGGAAAAACCUUCAAGAAGCCACGUCGCCCUUAUGAGAAGGAACGAUUGGAUGCUGAGUUGAAGCUAGUAGGAGAGUAUGGUUUGAGAUGCAAAAGGGAGCUAUGGAGGGUGCAAUACGCACUUAGCAGAAUCCGAAAUGCUGCAAGAAUGCUUCUAACCCUUGAAGAAAAAGACCCACGUAGGAUCUUUGAAGGUGAAGCCCUAAUGAGAAGGAUGAACAGAUAUGGACUCUUGGAUGAGAGUCAAAACAAGCUCGAUUAUGUUCUUGCCUUGACUGUUGAAAACUUCCUUGAACGUCGCCUUCAGACACUUGUGUUCAAGACUGGUAUGGCAAAGUCAAUCCACCAUGCUAGAGUCCUCAUCAAGCAAAGACACAUAAGGGUGGGAAGGCAAGUUGUGAAUGUGCCUUCUUUCAUGGUGAGAGUUGACUCACAGAAGCAUAUUGACUUUUCACUCACGAGUCCAUUUGGAGGUGGCAGACCUGGAAGAGUGAAGAGGAAGAACCAGAAGGCGGCUGCAAAGAAGGCUUCUGGUGGAGAUGCUGAUGAGGAUGAUGAAGAAUGAAAAGCUUGAGAGAUGUUAUGAGUUAAUGAUAGAUUAUGAACUGGAGUUGGAAAAAUUGUGUUGAAUCUUGGGAUUUAAAGUGGUCCAACCAAUUACUUGUGCAU